UCCCAUUAAUACCCAUAUUUUCAUUAAAUGAUGUUAUUAAAUUCUGACACCACCAUUGUGAUUUGUGAACCCCUCAAAAAGGUUACACAUGCCAUUUCUCACACGUGAAGUUCUCAACCACAACAUAUUGCAUUGCAUGGUGGAACAUAAAUUUUCCAAACACAUUCACAUUAUCCAAAAAAAGAAGUGGUCUUAUCUCAUGUCACCCAAGUUCUCCUAUCUGAACUCUCUAGUUGAGAGAAAGAAGCCUCAAGAAACCACAGAUGAAUUGGCCAUUGUGAAAGCAGCUGCAUGGGCAUGGUACCAACAUGGUUCAGGCUCUGAAGGAAAGGCUAAGAGUGAGUUUGAUGUCACAAGAACUCAACGUAUGGCCAGGCCUUCACGUUACAAGUUAGAAGCUAUGAGAAUGGCUAAGGAAGCACCCUCAAAUUCAAUUCACACCAAUUAUAAACCUCUUCUUGAUACAUAUGAAGUUCAAUGCAUUUCAAGGCAAUUGGACAGGCUUAUUGUAGAGUCUGGCCACAACAAACUUGGCAACAGCAUCAAUGCAAAUAAUAAUGAUGGUAAGGAUAAUGCUAAUAGAAGGAUGAAGAAUAAGAAGGGGAUGAGUAAAGGGGGUAAUUUGGUGGGUAGCACUGCUUUGUCAGCCAAAUGUGUACCAGUGGUUAAUCUGACCAAGUGUCUGCCAAGGGCCAAUCGUGAUCUAUUUUCCAUCACUAGGUUUUAGUAUGGUGAUUGGCAUGUCUAAUAUCUCAAAUGCAUGUACUCGUCAGUGCUACUAUAGAAUAUAUUUUUUUUAACAAAUACAUGAGAAUUUUGCGCUAA